CAACAAUAGACCUCGUUGCAUUUUUUCGUAUAGUUCAGUUGACGAUUUCGUGGGCUACUGCCGCGUCGAUAGUUUUUGGCGGGAAACCGUUUUCAUUAUAAUAUGAGAACACACAACGAUCUCAUGUGCCUUCAUCAUAAUGAGUCCCCUCGUAUGGUGUUUGCUUCUAAUUAGUAUCAAUACGGGCUCUGGAUCGAUGGAGUGUCCGACCACCGACGUUCAUUUUGAAAAGGUGAUCGGUCUGCGACCAACGUCUAACACCAGUCAGCAAAUGCUUUUGUAUAAGCCACGGGGAAACGCAGCAGACGAGCCCGUUACUUUGGACUGCAUCGCAAGCUGUAGCUCUAAAGAAAUUUGUCAAAGCUUCGUCUUGUACUACGAUACUGCCGAAUGCUACUGGUUCGAACACGGUCCGGAAGAGAAUGCGUCAUCUAACGUUACGGACUUGGAUAACAACGUCGCGUGGUUUGUCAAGACUUGUUUUAAAAUUGAUAAACCGUGCAACAAAUCCUGGAUUUUCGAGAGGAUACCUGGAGCUACAUUAAUUGGCAACGAUACGAAAAUCUUGCCCGGAAAAACAAGGAAGGAAUGUCAGCAAGGCUGCCUGGAAGAAACAUCUUUUCAGUGCAGAUCCGUAAAGUUUAAAAUUGACGAUAACGAAGUCGUACCGUCUGCGCAACUACGAGGAACAUGCAUACUCAGCAAUGCCGACAGGCAUCUGCUGCCUACUUCCUACCGAAUUUCUACGUUCGACGACGAAUAUUUUGAAAACCAAUGUACGGAUUUUUUGGACACCAAUAACACGAAUAAAGCUACGAGAAACGAAUUCUGCGCUUAUGAAGAAUACGACAACGUCAUAUUGGAUCACAGUGACGUCAUGUUCCGAGACAAAACCAAAGAAGAAUGCCAAAACUUGUGCGACCAAUCUUCGAGCUUCAACUGUAGAAGCUUCAGCGUGAUCAACGGAAAUACCAAUCGCUGCCUCCUGCACAGCGAAGACAGCAAAAUUCACGGGCCCAAACUUUUAAAAUCUCACGACCAUUCCAAAUAUUACGAGAGAGCUAGAUGUCUGAAUAUAAACGUUUCCUGCAGUGAGAGCUACGUGACGGUGAAAUACUCUCCGGAAAUUGAUUUUCGCGGGAAAAUCUACAUGCAGGGUUAUUCGGAAAACGGCGAGUGUUACGCAGUGGGUCAGGGAAAACAAACCGUCGUCACCUUGAAAUUAUCUUUUCUGACUAGUCAAUGCGGUAUUAUCAAAGCUGAUAGUCCCUAUAAUAGAACACUAUUGUCGGGAAGCAUGGUGAUUCAAUACAACCCUUUGAUUCAAACGCAGUCGGACAGGAUAAUUAAAAUUGGAUGCAUUUUCGGGAACGAAAGUCAAAUACUCAUAGGGACAGGCUUGAAAAUCACUUCAUCACUGCCAAACAAAGGGAGCACUUUGUUAAACACAUCCUCAAACGAAACCGUCUCACCCGUUGUAGAAAUGAAGGUGGUCGAUUUGAGCACUCAACAAGAAACCACGGAUACUCAAAUCGGUCAAGAACUACAGCUUCAAAUAGAACUUAAAGAAAAAACUAACGAGUACGACCUGUGGGCAAGCCACUUAAUAGCGAUGACCGAGAAAGGUGACGAGUCCAUUUUCUUAGUGGAUGAUAGAGGGUGUCCGACAAAUUUAAAAAUAUUUCCGCCGUUAAAGAAAGUGGUCGAAAAUGGUAAAAGAAGGUUGGAGUCUACCUUUCAGGCUUUUAAAUUUGCGUCGUCGCCCAUAGUGAGAUUCAGUGUGAUUAUUCAGUUUUGCCCAAAAGAAUGUCCUCAGAUCCAAUGUGACGAUGCUGGAAGAAAAAAGAGAGAAAUGAAAGGACAUUUGUUUUAUGGCGUGAAUAGAAAUGCAUCAAUAAAAACAAAUUUCACCGAUUCCGAAAAUAACUCGGCUAUAGUCAAUCAAAUGCCAUUGGAAUAUGUGAUGCUAGUUAGGGAUCCAAACACUCAUUCUGACCGACUGAUUGUUGGCGACAACAAGCUUCUGGUUGCUGGAUUUAACUAUGACACCAACGAGGUUUGUAUGGAUUACUCACUUGUCGUGGGUCUAACAGUAACAUGGAUCUUGGUUCAACUCAUUUUUAUAAUUUGCUGCCUUGCUCUAGUUAGACGUUACAGGAAACAUUACCAAGAUGAGUAUUUAAGAGCAUCAAUGGAAGAGAUUCAUAAAAAUUUUGGAUUGGGUUUCAAUAAUUUGGAAAAUAGGAGGGUUCGUUGGGCCGAUAAUGGUGAUGUAAAUGUAAUGUAAAAUAAAACUAUUUAAGUUA